AUGGCGUCGUUCCUCACCGCCGGCCGCGUCGUCCACGCGCUGAUCGCGCUCUACUUCGCCGUCCUCGCGAAGCACCUCCACGUCCUGUUCUUCCCGGCGCCGUGCCCGGAGGACGCGCCGAGGUCGUCGUGCGUGGAACCGACGAUCGGCGCGAACGAGACGUACGACCUCUACGUCUACGCGUCGCCGCACUCCACGUGGAAGUCCAAGGCGUUCAUGAGAGACGUGCACGCCCCGCGCGUCGUCGACGCGGAGGGUAACGUCGCGCGCGUCGCGGCGAACGAGGAGGAGGAUGGAGAUGGAGAGGGAGAGGGAGGAGGAAGCGGCGCCGGCGCGGAGGACGAGGACGGCGGCGAUCCGGUCGCGAUCCUGGUGGGCAAACGUCUCGGCGCGCGCGUCGAGGACGCGGUGCGCGUAAACGUAACGCUCCCGGCGAAGGCGUUCGGGACGCGCGCGAACGGGACGAUGUACGCGCACGUGAUGAUGUACCCCGAUCAAGGGAGGACGUUCGCGAGGAAGAGGAAGAAGGGCGAGAGCGACGCGGACUUUGCCGUCGCGGAGGCGGCGCGAGAACGCGAAAACGAGAGGAAGCGGCGUCGACGCGCGCCGACUGGCGGGCCGCUCAGCGUGGCGACCGCGUCGCUGACGAAACAUCUCGUAUACGAUCGCGCGGACGGCGCGAUGCUGCUCGGCGGCGGCGGCGGCGGCGGCGGCGGCGCGAAGACGGAGGAAUCGACGACGACGACGAAACCGACGCCGCGGACGCCGACGACGCAUCUGCGCCCGCGUCUGACGAUUUUCACGCUCAAGUCUCCGCGCGCGUUCCCCGUCGACCAGAUCCCCGGGGACAUGAACCUCGAGUUCACGCAGUCGCCGCAGUAUCGCGGGUACGCCGCGGCGUACCGGCAGCCGAUGCAAGUGGACGACGUCACGAUCCCGCGGCGCGAGUACGUCCCGUUGGACGCGAACGCGUCUCGCGCGGAUCCGACGAUGACGGUGACGAUGCAUCCGUGCCGCGUCGGCGUGUAUCGCCUGUGGCGCCAGGUCGCGGCGGCGACGGAGACGAUGAUCACAUCGUUCGGGAUGACGCGCGGCGACGUAGACGAGGUGAUAGAGAUGUUCACGGCGACGGACUGGAAGUAUAUGAUGAUGAUGUUUCUCGUGUCGGCGUUGCACUCGUGGUUCGCGUUUCUCGCGUUUAAAUCCGACGUCGGCUUCUGGAAACAAAAGAGUAACCUGGAAGGCCUGAGCGUGCGAUCGCAGUGGAGCUCGUUCGUGUGCACGCUGAUCAUCUUUCUGAACCUCGCGGACACCGGUCAGGCGAGCACGAUCAUCCUCGUCGAGAUGGGCGUCGGCGUCGCCAUCGAGGCGUGGAAGGUGUCGAAAUUCCUGGCGCGAGACGGGACGUUACACCGACUGUUCGGCGUCGGCGACCCGCCGGCGCCGAAGACGCAGAUGCAAAAAGACGUCGAGUCGUACGAUAAGCGCGCGAUGUUCGUAUUAUCCCUGACCCUGUACCCCGUCGUCGCCGCGUACGGAGCGUACUCGCUGUUGAAUCACCCGCAACGGAGCUGGCGGUCGUGGGCGCUGCGGACGCUCGCCAACGGCGUGUACAUGUUCGGGUUCAUCGCGAUGACGCCGCAGUUGUACGUCAACUACCGAUUAAAGUCCGUCGCGCACCUGCCGUGGAAGGCGUUCACGUACAAGGCGUUCAACACGUUCAUCGACGACGUCUUCGCGUUCGCGAUCGCGAUGCCGACGAUUCAUCGGCUCGCGUGUUUACGCGACGACGUCGUUUUCUUCGUGUACCUGUAUCAGAGGUGGUUGUAUCCGGUGGACAAGAAGCGCGUGAACGAGUUCGGGCGCGCGUACGAGAAGGACGAGAACGACGAAGAGAAGAAGGAGGAGGAGGGCGACGUCGCGGAGACGAAGAAGGACAAGUGA